CGCAUUUCACUCCUUACUUUUCUCCACUCCAGUCUCUCUUUCUCUCUCUCUCUCUCUCUAUUCUGCGUUUCUUCUUCUCUGUGGCUUAGCUUUCUAGAGAGGAGGAAUCUAGGUCGUGCUCUGUGAUUUAUUCUCAUACUCUCUCUCUCUCUCGACAGUGAAAGCCCGGUAUUUCGUAUGGCUGCUACAGCUACUGCUUCUACAAUCCGUUACUCCCCUGAGGAUCCUAAUCUUCCUAAGCCAUGGAAAGGUCUUGUGGAUAGUAAAACUGGGUAUUUGUACUUUUGGAAUCCGGAGACUAAUGUUACUCAGUACGAGAGACCAGCUCCUCCCAAGCUUGCUGCUAUUCCUAUAAGCUCUUCUGUUCAGACUCAACAAUCUUCUUCUGGGUUCAACUCUGGCAAGGAAGAGGAUAAGUAUAAUAGAGGAAAUGAUGGGCCUAAGUCUGAUUCUGGAUCAAGGUUCACUGAGGCUGCAAGAACUGGACCAAUAUCUUCUAAUGAUGCUGCUAGUGGACCUGGGAAUGCUGCAUCUGGUGGAUCAUCUGCCAAAGGGCCUCCUUCUUCGGCCACAGGAAAUGAAUUGUCCCCAGAGGCCUAUUGCCGCCGCCAUGAAAUUACUGUCAGCGGAGGCCAAGUGCCACCACCUCUGAUGUCUUUCGAAGCCACCGGUCUUCCCCCAGCGCUUCUGCGGGAGGUAUACAGUGCAGGAUUCUCUGCUCCUUCUCCAAUUCAAGCUCAGUCGUGGCCAAUUGCUAUGCAGAACAGAGACAUAGUUGCCAUUGCUAAAACAGGCUCUGGAAAAACUCUGGGUUACUUGAUUCCUGGUUUCAUGCAUCUCCAACGGAUCCACAAUGAUUCACAAAUGGGCCCAACGAUCUUGGUAUUGUCACCUACUAGGGAGUUAGCCACACAAAUCCAAGUUGAGGCUCUGAAAUUUGGCAAGUCGUCCAAAAUUUCGUGUGCGUGCUUGUAUGGAGGAGCACCCAAGGGUCCUCAGUUGAAGGAAAUAGAAAGAGGUGUAGAUAUUGUUGUUGCAACUCCCGGCCGGCUGAAUGAUAUCCUUGAAAUGAGGAGAAUCAGUCUGCAUCAAGUGUCUUAUCUGGUGCUGGACGAGGCUGAUAGAAUGUUGGACAUGGGGUUCGAGCCUCAGAUCAGGAAAAUUGUGAAAGAGGUUCCCACUAAGCGUCAAACCCUCAUGUACACAGCAACGUGGCCAAAGGAGGUCAGAAAAAUUGCAUCUGAUCUUCUUGUUAACCCUGCCCAAGUCAACAUUGGUAAUGUUGAUGAGCUUGUUGCGAACAAGUCCAUUACUCAGACUGUUGAAAUCUUAGCACCAAUGGAGAAACAUACAAGGUUAGAGCAGAUACUGAGGUCUCAGGAACCGGGCUCCAAGAUUAUUAUUUUCUGUUCAACCAAAAGGAUGUGUGAUCAACUAGCACGGAACCUGACCCGCACGUUUGGAGCCGCUGCUAUACAUGGAGACAAGUCUCAGGCUGAGAGAGAUGACGUGCUGAACCAAUUUAGAAGUGGUAGGACUCCUGUUCUUGUUGCAACCGAUGUAGCUGCUCGUGGGCUUGACGUUAAGGACAUAAGGGUGGUGGUCAACUAUGAUUUUCCAAAUGGUGUGGAGGAUUACGUUCACAGAAUCGGAAGAACUGGAAGAGCUGGAGCAACCGGUUUAGCUUACACCUUCUUUGGGGACCAAGAUGCAAAACAUGCUUCAGAUCUUAUCAAGAUCUUGGAAGGAGCAAAUCAGAAAGUUCCUCCACAGGUCCGUGAAAUGGCUACACGUGGUGGUGGUGGGAUGAACAAAUUCCGCCGCUGGGGUACACCUUCCAGUGGUGGUGGUGGCCGUGGCUAUGGUGAUUCUGGUUAUGGUGGUCGUGGGGAUUCUGGUUAUGGUGGUGGUCGUGGUGAGUCUGGUUAUGGUGGUGGCCGUGGGGAUUCUGGUGGUAGAGGAAGCUGGGGUUCACGUGAUAGCAGUAGCAGCUCGGGAUGGGGAAGAGAGAGGAGCCGUAGUCCUGAGAGGUUCAACGCAGGUCCACCGUCGACUUCUGACCCACCUCGCAGCUUUCACGAGAUGAUGAUGAUGAAACAGAGAUAACUCAUCGUUCUUUUUCACCAGAUGGGGGCAAUAUACAUAGUAGAGACCCUUUCGGUUCGGUUAAUUAUUCAUUUUGUGUGGUGUGUGUUUGUGUGUGGAACGAAGUGACCAGUACUUCUCUAACAUCAAACACACCCGAAGUACUUCUAAUGUUUUGUUCGACGAGAAAACCUUUUUUGUUUAUAUAAUGAAAACAAAGACUCGUUAUGGGUUCUUUCU